AUGGCAUCUAGUCGCAAGAAGAUACUUCUUAAAGUUAUAAUACUCGGCGAUAGUGGUGUUGGGAAAACUUCGCUGAUGAAUCAGUAUGUUACUCAGCGUUUUAGCAACCAGUACAAAGCUACUAUAGGCGCUGAUUUCCUUACUAAAGAGACAAUGGUCGAUGAUCGUGUUGUUACUUUACAAAUUUGGGACACUGCUGGUCAGGAACGCUUCCAGUCUCUUGGUGUAGCUUUUUAUCGUGGAGCUGAUUGUUGCGUACUUGUCUACGAUGUCACUAUGCCCAAUACUUUCAAAACUUUAGACUCGUGGCGAGAUGAGUUCUUGAUUCAGGCUAGUCCUCGGGACCCUGAGAAUUUUCCAUUUAUCUUAAUUGGUAAUAAAAUUGAUCUUCCCAACAGGGCUAUAACUGAAAGACGAGCACAGCAGUGGUGUCAAGCGAAAGGAAAUAUUCCUUACUUCGAAUGCAGUGCUAAGGAAACGACCAACGUGAAACAGGCCUUCCAGGAAGUGGCCCGUGUUGCUCUUGCGCAGGAAACGGAGCCUGACACAGUAAACGAUUGUCCUGAAGAGAUUCAUCUUGGGGCUCCAAGGAACAGUCGCAAUAGCGAAUGCAGCUGUUGA